AUGGCCGACCUCUCGCAAACUGCGAAUGAUCGUGAUCCAAAUCAAAGGCAUACAACAAUCAUCACUAAACAAACAAUGAAUCCUGUAUAUGGUCAACAGCUUCCACAAACUCUUCCUGGCCAACAACAAAUUCCAUCCACAAGUUCAUCACAAAGUGGUCUGGCUAUGCUAUCCACUGCUGCCGGAUCAGCAUCGAAUUUCCACGCAUUGGUGAAUAAUCCAUUGACUGCGCUAUUACAAGAACCCAUCCACGUACCUUCAGGCUACCCAAUGAACAUGACCUCUCAUUUAUUUCCCCCGCAGAAUCCCAAAACUAAACAGAACCUACCUCCUACUCCACAAGCGCAAACACAUCCCACACGACCUCCCCAUCCUCCACAUUCUGACUUUGGACGGCAUAAUAUAGGACCAUUUUCGAUGCCGCCACCCCGCCCAGCACACCAUCAUUUACCAGUGAGCCAUAUCAUGCAACAGAUUCCAGAUGCGCAGAAAAGGCAAAUGUUCAUUGCUCAGUCUGCGAUGAAAGGCAAUGUUCCACAGGCAAUAAGGUCACAAGCACAGCAAGUCCCUGUUGUGAAUACAAGCGCAGAAAAAAGACCAAUAGCAGCUGUAACAACACCGCAAACGUCAACAUGCCAGCCUCCCGAACCAAAAAUGGUAAAAAUACCAAAUCCAUUCUGUCUAACACCUCAGAUAUUUCCAACACGUGUCAAUAAAUUAGUUAGAACUGAAGAAUCACAUUAUAAUACAAGGAAUGGAGGAUGUGUGAAUCCAGCCAAGGCAUUGGACUUGCUACGUUCUGUGUUACAGGGUGCUAUGAACAAAGAAAUAAAAAAAGUUAUGGACAAAUACAGACAUUUUUUUGAUGCUGCUGCCCAAAAUAUUAGAGAUAAUUACGGCGAGAAAUCAGUUAGCGAAAGUAAUAUAAUGAGUACAUUCCAAGAUGCCAUGGAACAGGCCAAAGAGAUUUUUAAAAGUGAUGAAACAUCAAGUAUAGCUUCAGGUAAAACAGAAGGUGAAGAUAUAAAAGAUGAACCAGUGAGAAAGAAGUUUAAACCUUUGACUGAUGCAAGUUUUAUUCCAACACCAAGAAGGAGAAAAGGUCGACCACCUCUUCAAAACCGAGAGUAUAAACCUAAAAAUGAACCAGUUAAAAGGGAAGGUCCAAAGUGGGAUCCUGUUAGGUUGACAGAGGAUACUUGUUUUGUUAUGGGUGCUAAGGCUAACAAAGCUCUGGGGCUCGGUGCAACAAGGGGAAGGUUGUAUUACAAACAUCCUGAACUUUUCAAGUAUGCAGGGGAUCAACAAGACAAAGCCUGGUUAUAUGAGAAUGGUUUGAUGCCAGCAACGGGUGGGAAAGCUUUUAUACUAAUAGUAGAAGAUAUUUACGAUUUAUCAAAGCAUGACGACUAUAAGGACAAUGCAGAGGUACAGUUAAGUGAAAUCAAACCUUUUAAAGUAAACGCAACUAUACUGGAAAAGAUGCGAUCGUAUAUGAGAUCAAAUCGUACUGACGGUAACAACAGUUAAAAUUUAAUCAACUCUGCAUCUACGUGCUAAUUGUACAUUUAUUGUUGAUACUUAUUGAGAUGAACUUUUUAUUAAUUAAUGCCUUGGUUUUUAAACUAAUUCUUUUAUCUGCUUCAAUUUUUAAAACUCACUUCAGUUAUUUUAUUGUGUAAAAAAAUGUCAGACUAAUUGCUUGUUUGUUUUUUUCAUUGCAAAAAUGUUGGUUUUUUUUGUUAUUGUUGUAUUGUUUUGUUAACUGAAUGUCAUCGUAUAAUGUCAAUGGUUAUACAUUGUACUGUGGAAUACUUUAUUUUCGCUGGAAUUUAUUUUUGCUGAAAAGGCUUUUUGGGCGUUUUGCUUGG